AUGCACGCUACCAAGAUUCCCCCAGGUAUACCUCCGGAAUUGGCUGCCCCUCUCUUAUGCGCCGGAAUCGCCAUGUAUUCAUCGAUUAAAAAAACAAAGACACGCCCGGGCGAUUGGAUUGUGAUUCUCGGAGCAGGUGGAGGUCUCGGACAUAUGGGCGUGCAAAUUGCAGCUAAACAAGGACUUCGGGUUAUCGCGGUCGAUAAGGGUGAGAAAAAAAGACAACUUUGUCUAUCCUUGGGUGCUACAGAGUUUGUGGACUUUUCGGAAGUCGACACUGCCGAAGCUGUCCAUGCUAUCACAUCAAAUUUGGGUGCACAUGCGGUUAUAUGCACAGCCAAUGGUGAACGAGCGUAUGAACAGAGUAUGAAGAUGCUCCGUCGCCUUGGAACACUGGUUUGUGUUGGAAUUCCAAAUGUCCCAUUCAGGCUUCCCGUCACUCCACUGGAUAUGAUUGUCAAAGGUAUCAACCAACCCUGUCUCUCAAUUGUGGGAAAUUCUGCGGGGACUGCAGGAGAGAUGAAGGAACUUAUGGAGUUGGCUGUAGCGGGCGAUGUUAAAGCUCAUAUUGAGGUAUAUGAUCUAGCAGAUAUUGAGGAUGUCUUGCGGCGUCUCAAUAGUUCGGAGAUUGAAGGGAGGGCAGUCCUCAAGAUUCCUGCAUGA